AUGACAACGGCUAAAGUUUGGUCUGUUAAGCGUCCAUAUAAUGGAGAACCCACACUGGAUGACUUUGUUCUAACAGAGGAAGUGUUGCCACCUCUAAAGGAGGGCGAGAUUCUCAUUGAAGCCCUGUAUUUGAGCUUGGACCCAUACUACAGGCUGUUUCCAGUUCAAGAUGGACUCCCAGGGGAACAAGUUGCAAGGAUCAUUGAGAGCAAAGCUCCAGGAUUUGAGAAAGAUGACUUAGUAUGUGCUCAUGCUGGAUGGAGGUCACAGUCAGUUAUCAAUGUCAACAGACCACUACGAUUUGGUAUCAAGGUAGAAAAAAUCGAAGAAGUAACAGGUCUCUCUCCAUCUCUGUGGAUUGGUGCCAUUGGAAUGCCUGGUGUGACUGCUUACAUGAGCUUUAUGGAGAGGUGUGAUCCAAAGGAAGGUGAGGUGAUUGUGGUCAGUGCUGCUUCUGGUGCUGUGGGUAGUGUUGUCGGCCAGCUUGCCAAGUUGAAGGGCCUCAAGGUGGUAGGGUUGGUCGGUUCAGAAGAGAAGUGUCGCUACAUUAAAGAGAUUGGAUUUGAUCAAGCCAUUAACUACAAAGAGGAGAACAUCUCUGCAGCGUUGGAUAGCAUUGCUCCAAAUGGUGUCGAUAUUUUCUUUGACAGUGUUGGAGGCUACAUCAGUGAUAUAAUGUAUGGCAAGCUGAGAGACAAGGGACGAGUGCUACUUUGUGGUCAGAUUUCUGCAUAUAACCAGCCUCAGCCAAAAGUCACCAACUGGUCAAUGACAAUUGUCAGAAAGGAACUGGAGGUGAAGGGGUUUUACAUUUUCAGCCCAGUAAACGUGCCAGAGUUUCCCAGAGUCCGGCAAGCAUUAAUUCCACUUUUUCAACAGGGUAAACUAAAAGCCAAGGAGCACGUGACUAAAGGAUUUGAAAAUAUGCCUAAAGCUUUCAUAGAAUUAUUUUCUGGGUCAAAUUUCGGCAAAGCUGUUGUGAAAGCUUAA